AGGUUGUAUUUUGAAUGCAAAAAAGAGCAUGUUAAGUGAACAAGCCGUCAAAUCAUGGCCUUUAGAAAAAUAUGCAAAGUUCGUAGCGCCGAAGGAAACACCAUCAACUCACAAACAAGGAUACUGGAAGGUUUGUAUGCUCCGUAUUUUUAAAAGUAAGAAUUUGCUAUGCCGGCGGCGCGUAUGUGGCUGAAACAAAAAGAUACAGUAAUAAAGCUUGUUAAGUUACUAUUAAACUAGCUUUUAACGAUCUGAAGUGCCUCAACAAGCCGAAAAUGGCUUAAGUCUUCCUCUUCCCUUUUCUUUCUCAAUUUUGCAGCAAUUUUCGCCCUCUUCAGACGGUUCUAGCUGUUUACAAGUGUCGCUGUUUUCGUCCAACAACAUGGUCGUGAGCGAUGGGAAAGUUAUACACGUUAGUUUUCCUUGCUGGCUUUAUGAUUCCAUCUAAUAAAACUACUUAGUAUCAGGGAUAAUUACAUGUACGCAACAAACUAGAAAAAAUAAAAAUAAUAAAAAAUAGAAGUUUGCACUAGACCACUGCAAACGCAUUCCUCAGCUGCUUCUGAACAUAGUUGUCGCAUGGAUAAUCCAUGGUUGUCGUAAUCACUCUUUGGAGAAUUUUGCCUCGCUUGUUCUGUGUCCAUAUCUCCUGAUUCAUAGGUAAUAGGUUUGUAAGUAAUCAUACGAGUGAUCAACAAAAUCGGACGACCGCGUAGCGGGAGUCUGAUUUGUUUAAUCACGAGUAUGAUUAAUAUAUUAAGCAUAACAUUAGAAUUUUAGGAAAUAUUCAAGUAAGGACUCGACAAUCGAGACUGAAGUCACUGAAAUAUGAAAUUCUCAGCUCCUUUUGAGUUCUGGUGUUAAAAUUGCAUUCCUUCCUAAUAACAUAAAUAAUAGCAAUAAUAAUAAACGAUGGAGCUGUACGGUAUCAUUUAACAAGCAAUGUCUCCUUUGUUUAUAGGAAAGUUUUUCUUUGUUUAAUGCUAAGAAGUGGCUGCAAGCAGUGGUUAAAGGAGACAGUAUGCUGAUCAUUUACAAAAUCAAUGUAAGUUUGAAUUGGGACAUAGUACAGUUUACAAAGUGAUUAAUGGAAAUGAAGACUGACAGCUUUCCCUGUUGUAUGUUUGUAUUCGGUUUUUGGCCUUGACCAAUCAUCAGCUAGCACUUACUUCCACCAUGUUGGACGAACUAACCAGCGGCAACAUUCCCAUUUCGUAUGAAAAGGAAAAAGUAAACAGAGAUUGUACUCCUUCGGAGAGAGACACAAACCGCUUGCUCAUUCGUUUUCGCCUUUGACUUUUCAAAUCCAGUCACUGUCUCUACUAACUCAGGUUGUUUAAGAAGCUCACGGUAAGGUAAUUUCUUUAUUACACACUUAUCAAGAUGGCUCCUUAAAGAUCCUUUGACGUCAUCAUUUGGUACAUUCGUUUUCGCCUUUGACUUUCGCCUGCUUUCAAAACCAGUCACCGCCUUUUACUUUUCAGUCAAUGUACAUAAGAGGCUCUUGAUCAGUACUGUACGGUAAUUUCUUUAUUACUACCACUUUGAACAGAAGAGAACGACUUUCUUUUUCUUUUUCUUUUCCUGAACUUCGAUACAGUCUUUUACACAAAAAAUUGCCAACAUUUGACGAACUAAAGGAGAUGGAAUAAGCGUGAUAAAGUUUGAAGCACCGCGAAUUCACUUUUUAACUGACGUUUUCGUACCCGUGUCGUCAUUGUUGCUUAAGCUUCCUAUUGCUGCGCUACGCUUCGAGGAUCACCAGGAGUAGUUAGCUCAAAAGUUUGUCCGGUUUCAAACUUUGCCCAACAGCAUGCAACAAAUGCGGCAACGGUGUCUUUCUGAGUGAUAAUAUAAAACUGAUCUGGUUCAAGCAUUGCUCUCUUUCUCUCUCCACAGAAUGACAGUAGGAGGUUCAGGAUAAAAUUCGGCAAAAGCAGUGAUCGCUCGGCAAUUGAACNCGUCAUUGUUGCUUAAGCUUCCUAUUGCUGCGCUACGCUUCGAGGAUCACCAGGAGUAGUUAGCUCAAAAGUUUGUCCGGUUUCAAACUUUGCCCAACAGCAUGCAACAAAUGCGGCAACGGUGUCUUUCUGAGUGAUAAUAUAAAACUGAUCUGGUUCAAGCAUUGCUCUCUUUCUCUCUCCACAGAAUGACAGUAGGAGGUUCAGGAUAAAAUUCGGCAAAAGCAGUGAUCGCUCGGCAAUAGAACAUUGCCGCCAGUUCGUUUCAGAGAUUUCAUCCCAAAUUUCCGUGCGUGAGAUAUCCACGGAGGCCUGUGUCGAAUCUGAUUCUCAGGUUCAAAUGGAGGACUCUCAGUUAAUCUCGCCCGAGUCACAGCAUGCACCUGUUAGUAAAGAUGCUGGAGCUGGCGCUGAGGCGAGAGGAUUAACUCUUCCCGAGUUAGCCAACAAGGUAGGUUACGUCUAAAAUUAUUAUUGUCACUGUUGGCAGUAAGGAAACGAUUUUUUGCUCUAACUGGGGUGAUUAUCAGCGGUUUAAUUGAAGUUGGACCGAGUGAUCAGCGCGUCGGACUCGCAACCCGUCGGUCCCGGGUUCGAGUCCCGGUCUGACCACUGUUUAUAAAGGUCGGAUGAGUAGUUGGUUUGCAGUCGUUUUAAAAUGUAUUGCUGGAGAUUACAGUUUCAAGUGCUUGAAAAUUCGGCCCACAUCAGAUCAUUCUCGCCUUAGCAAAAUGUUCCAAUUUAGUCUGAUCCUAACGGGACGGGCUUGCUAGGUUAACAAGGUUGAAUAUUACGAGAAAGUACGGAAGUGCUAUAAAAUUUCAUGACAUGAUUAAAAAAGGGUACACAAACAAAAGGAGUCAAAAUGGCCAUAUAGCUUUUAUCCAAGGGUUUAAUAAGUGAGUUUUACUGCUCGUAUUUAACCGGCAAUUACCCUUCUCAACCCCAAGAGACCUUUAUGGUCUCUUCCUCUUCCUCUAGUUCUCUCUCUUAUGUAAACCGAGUGAAGUCUUCAUGUAUAUACUUGAUGUGAACACUAUACAUACCGUAUGACUUGGUGUUGCAGAUCUCGUCCUCCGAGUCCGUUUCCGAUGUCUCUCAGCCCACCGGACAAAUGACUGUACCACAGGACAGACUAAGCCUGCUAGUAAGACUGUGUUUAACUGACAGUAACUUCCCUGCUUUCGUAGAAGCCGUUGAAAAGGAACUGCAAAGCUUGACGUCAUCUCAUGAUUAA